AUGUCAAGCCGAAGAGUGGUAGUGUUCUUGUCCGCAGAGGAACUUGGGCCGGCCCUGGCCCAACUGGUGGCCUCUCGAGCUGAAAAGGCCCUGAGCAGUGGGGCUUGUUCUUUUUCCCUGGGUCUCUCUGGGGGAAGUCUGGUGUCCAUUCUAAGUAAGGAGCUGCCUGCAGUGCCGAACCUAGACUGCAGCCGAUGGCUGGUGGGGUUCUGUGAUGAGAGAUUGGUUCCUUUUGAUGAUCCUGAAAGCACAUAUGGUCUUUACAAGAAUCAGUUGUUCUCCAAAAUUAACGUUCCAGAGGAUCGUGUUCUGGCAAUAGACCCCUCCUUACCAGUGUCGGAGUGCGCAGAUGACUAUGCCUGCAAACUCAGUAAGGCUUUCAAUACAGAGCAAAUGCCAGUAUUUGAUAUGUUGUUGCUUGGCAUGGGACCCGAUGGACAUACGUGCUCGCUCUUCCCAGAUCAUCCUUUAUUGCAGGAAAGCCAGAAAACAGUGGCCCCCAUCAGUGACUCACCGAAACCGCCCCCUCAGCGUGUGACCCUCACACUGCCUAUGGUAAAUGCUGCACGCUGCGUGGUCUUUGUGUCCACUGGGGGCAGCAAAGCGCCUGUGCUCAAGCGAGUACUGGAGGGUGGAGAGGGUCCAAUAUUGCCUGCAGCCCUUGUUACACCCACUCAGGGAGAGCUCUUCUGGCUGGUAGACGAACCAGCAGCAGCCUCCCUCGCCCUGGAGGUGGAAAGACCUGGCCCUGGUGCCAAGUUAUGAUUUGAAGAGUACACAAGGUCUCCACUGUUCUUCCACUGUCCACACUGCUCUUGAAGCUGUCAGAAAUGACAGUUUUGUUACUAUACCUGUAUUUACAAAGAGAUGUACAAUGACCAUCGACUCUAGAAGGCAACACAGUGAACACAGUUAACACAGUUAUUCUUAGUGAAUAUGUUUACAUUCCUGUAUCCUCUGUUAGGAUGGGUUGAAACGAAACACUGAAACAUUAAGAAAGAUGGUUAAAGUAAAAUCUGAAACUGC